AUGGCCUCUUCGACGUCUAUCCUGUCUCCGCACGAGCGGACGAGAGUCGAGGACUACCUGAAUGACAAGAUCCAGGUCUCGGCGGAUUUUGAAAGUCUAGACUCAUUACUUUCGAGUCUCCGUGCCCAACAUGACCUGCAGCGGAAACAGCUAGCGGAAGCUCAAGAAGUCCUGUCAAAUGCCACAAAGGCCUCGAAUGAUCAUGCAGAAGCCACCCGAAAGCGAGCCGAGGCCUUCAAGGAACAGCAGGCUGACAUCGACCGGCGCCUGAAAGCGAUAACGAAGUCGGAUGCUAGCGACGAGGCUGCGAAGCGGUUCGAGGAGGGAAUUGAGAAACUUCGGCGACUCGAGAUCUCUAGAGGAUAUGUGACGCUGCUCAAAGAAGCAGAAGAGCUGAGCAAGGAAGCCCUGAAGAACAUUCAAACCGCCCCCCAGCUGGCGAUCCCACCCUACACCCGACUCCGGAAUAUUGUCCAAUCAUUAGUCAAAGCUCAGCCUGCAGCAGAAGGCGCCGCACCCCAUCUCGUCGACUACGUCGGAAAGCUGGCGUCGGCCCUCAGGGAACAAUUGAAGGGCGACUUUACUAGACGAUUUCAAGGAACGUUGGAGCAGAUGAAAUGGCCAUCGAAGGAUUUGCAUUUCCCCGAGGAUCUGAAGUCGCAGUGGAAAACAAACGUUGAGUUGCUACUCGACCUGCAGACCCCGUACGAGGACCCCCUUUAUCUUCGCAUCUUAUUCUUGUGUCUGACUUUGUACUAG